GCAGAUGCUCUAGACGCCAUUAUUAGGCAUCAGAACUUAAAUUGCUCCCUAAAAGAAGGUGGCAUUCAGGCUGAAUCUAGAAGGGCAAUCUUCCAGAGAAGGUAUAGCUCCACUAGCUAGUCAGUGAGUAAAAUUUAGUUCUGCUAUUUCAUCAAAACACAUGGGUGGAUCCUUAUAAAUUAAAAGACACUGCACCUUCUGGAUCGAGUGUGAACAAUGGAGACAGCGCUCUCAAAAACGCCACAGCAAAGGCAAGUCGUUUUCCUUACUAUGUUGCUGCUUUUGUGGGAGGCUGAUUCUGAGGCGAUUAGAUAUUCCAUGCCAGAAGAAACGGAGAGUGGAUACUUGGUAGCUAACCUGGCCAAAGAUCUGGGGCUCAGGGUGGGGGAACUGGCCACCAGAGGGGCGCGAAUCCAUCACAGAGGAAACAAAGAGCUCUUGCAGCUGGAUGCAGAGACCGGGAAUUUGCUUCUGAGGGGAAAACCAGAUCGCGAGGUGCUGUGUGGGGUGACAGACCCCUGUGUGCUGCACUUCCAGCUCAUUCUGGAAAACCCUGUGCAGUUCUUCCAAACUGACCUGCAGAUCACAGACAUAAAUGACCAUGCUCCAGAGUUCCCUCACAGGGAAAUGCUCCUAAAAAUCCCUGAGAACGCCCAGCCAGGGACUGUGUUUCCUCUGAAGGCAGCUCAGGACUCUGACAUAGGGAGCAAUGCUGUUCAGAACUACACAGUCAACCCCAACCUCCAUUUCCAUGUGGUUACUCAGAGUCGCACUGAUGGCAGCAAAUACCCAGAGCUGGUGCUGGACAAAGCCCUGGACAGGGAGGAGCAGCCUGAGCUCACUCUAACCCUCACUGCUGUGGAUGGUGGGUCUCCGCCCAGGUCUGGGACCACCACAGUUCACAUUGAAGUCGUGGACAUCAAUGAUAACGCCCCCCAGUUUGUACAGUCGCUCUAUGAGGUUCAGGUCCCUGAGAACAGCCCUCUCAAUGCCUUAAUUGUCACGGUCUCUGCCAGGGAUUUAGAUGUGGGACCUUAUGGGAAUAUAGCCUACUCUCUGUUUCAAGGCGGUGGAGUUUCUCAACCAUUUGUAAUAGACGAGGUCACAGGAGAAAUCCGUCUGAGCAAACAGUUAGAUUUUGAAACAGUUCGAUAUUAUAAUGUGGAAAUUGCAGCCACAGAUGGAGGAGGCCUUUCGGGGAAAUGCACUGUGUCUGUACAGGUGUUGGAUGUGAAUGACAAUGCCCCAGAGUUGACCAUCUCCACACUCACAAGCCCUAUCCCAGAAAACUCACCGGAGGCUGUAGUUGUUGUUUUCAGUGUUUUCGAUUUAGAUUCUGGGGACAAUGGAAGGAUGGUGUGUUCUAUUCAGAACGAAUUUCCAUUUCUUUUAAAGUCUGCAUUCGAGAAUUACUACACUUUAGUGACAGAGGGGGCCCUGGACAGAGAGAGCAGCGCUGAAUACAACAUCACCAUCACAGUCACUGACAUGGGCACACCCAGACUCACAACUCAGCACACCAUAACAGUGCAAGUCUCCGAUGUCAAUGACAAUGCCCCCGCCUUCACACAAACCUCCUACACCCUGUUUGUCCAGGAGAACAACAGCCCUGCCCUGCACAUAGGCACCAUCAGUGCCACAGACUCAGACUCAGGCUCCAAUGCACAAAUCACCUACUCACUGCUGCCACCCUACGAUCCACAGCUGGCCCUCUCCUCAUUGGUUUCCAUCAACGCCAACAACGGGCAGCUGUUCGCGCUCAGGGCGCUGGACUAUGAGGCCCUGCAGGCCUUCGAGUUCCACGUGGGCGCCACAGACCAAGGCUCUCCUGCGCUCAGCAGCCAGGCGCUGGUGCGAGUGCUGGUGCUGGACGCCAACGACAAUGCGCCCUUCGUGCUCUACCCGCUGCAGAACGCCUCUGCACCCUGCACAGAGCUGCUGCCCAGGGCGGCAGAGCCAGGCUACCUGGUCACCAAGGUGGUGGCAGUGGACCGCGACUCUGGACAGAAUGCCUGGCUGUCAUUCCAGCUGCUCAAGGCCACAGAGCCCGGGCUGUUCAGUGUGUGGGCUCACAAUGGCGAGGUGCGCACCUCCAGGCUGCUGAGUGAGCGCGAUGCUCCCAAGCACAGGCUACUGCUGCUGGUCAAGGACAAUGGAGAUCCUCCAAGGUCAGCCAGUGUCACUCUGCAUGUGCUGCUGGUGGAUGGCUUCUCUCAGCCCUACCUGCCUCUGCCAGAGGUGGCGCGCGACCCCGCCCAGGAUGAGGACUUGCUCACACUGUACCUGGUCAUUGCCUUGGCUUCUGUGUCUUCUCUCUUCCUCUUGUCUGUGCUGCUGUUUGUGGGGGUGAGGCUGUGCAGGAGAGCCAGGGCGGCCUCUCUGGGUGGCUGCUCUGUGCCUGAGGGACAUUUUCCUGGUCACCUGGUGGAUGUCAGCGGGGCAGGGACCCUGUCCCGGAGCUACCAGUAUGAGGUGUGUCUCACUGGAGACUCUGGGACCACAGAUUUCAAGUUCCUCAAGCCCAUUAUUCCCAAUAGUCUGGUUCCAGACACUUAUAUGUUGAAUAGUUAAAAUUGUAGUUGUCAUUAAGAGAAGGAUAAAAUAGUAGUUGUUGAAACGUCAGUGUUUUUCUGGUAAUAGGGAAUAUUUCCCUGAGGUUUGCAUUUUAUUUUUGUGUGGUUUUACUUUUUGUAUCAUCAAUUAAUGCUUCAACUGUCUCCUGUUUUACUAACGCAAUCUUAGUGUAUGUUUUCUCUUACUCAGAAGUAAAAUUUUCACUGUUAGUGAUGACUGAAAUAGUUUUAAAUAUCAUUUAAUGUAGUGAAUUUGGUGAGCAAUGUAGAAUUCCCAAUAUUUUUGAAAUUUAUCUAUACCAGUUUCUUUGACUUUUAGGAGGUAUAUUAACUAUGCAAUGUGAUAGGCUUAUUGUGAUAUUUGCAUAUAUGCAGAUAAUGUACCUUGUCCUUACUCAUCCCUAAUCUUCAGCCCCCCCUUUGAUUUUAUACUGCCCCUAAAUACCACCAAGAAGUGAAAAUGUUCUACUCUGGUCCUUGUGUGUGUGGCUGUUGUUCCAUCCAUUUUCCUGAAAAUGAUGUACUUUCAUUAUUCUUUAUGGCUGAGUAAAA